AUGAAGUAUUUUUACGUUUUUUCUGACGAUUUCUGGAGGGACCAUAACAUACUGUUUGUGACAUUUGAUGAUAUGGUGUAUGGCUUGGGACCUAAUAGUAGUGGUCAGCUCGGGUUAGGACACAAAAGACCCAUUAACACACCACAACGAGUGCCAGAAUUAAGCCAUAAAAAUAUCCAUCAGUUUUUCAAUGGAUUUGACUUUGUAUUGGCUGUCAAUACGGAUAAUAAUGUGAUAUUCAGUUUUGGUGGCAAUAAUGAUGGACAAUUAGGGUGGCAUGUGGAUAAGGAGUGCAAUUGGUGUACAUCACUUGCUAUUACUUAUGAGGGACAGGUGCUUAUAUGGGGAGAGGUAGAAACUGACGAUAAGUUGAAUAAUUCAAUAUCAUAUAAAAAGUCAUUUGAUGAAAUUGAUAAGCUUGGUGAGGGUGGCUUUGGACUGGAUUGACAGAAAAAGAGAAACAAAAUGUUUUCAAUGAAACGCAAAGUCUUGUGAAACUUAGGU